AUGGCUUCUCGGAGAAACGUACCGGGAGCCUUUCCGUCAGAUAGCUCAACAGCCGGAAAUGAGCCAGGAGAUGAUUUAGAAGUUGCCCUUGAAGAUACAGACGACGAGGAUCAAAAUGAGGAUAUGGAGGAGGAUGCCGAGGAUGAUGAUGAUGACGAUGAUGGUGAAACUGGUGAAACUGGUUUUGAUGUGCAACUUGAGAUUGAGGACGAUGAAGACGAUGAAGACGAAGGUGCAACCGCAGCCAAUCACGCUACACGAACACAAUACCUUCUACGUGUGUUAGCUGCCAACCCCGAUGUUCGGAGUAUCAUACGUUUUUCUGCCGACUUUGACGAGGACGAGCUUGCGCUGUGGCCACGAAGACGAAGGAGAAGCAUGCUAGAUCCAAACAGGUUCCCGAAAGUGCCGAGUGUUGUUGGAAAGGAACUGAUGGCUUCGGGUGAUUUUGGAUCCAACGAUGCUCAAAGUCCAGGCAAAUAUGAUCAAAGUGUAGGCACAGAUAAUCAGGUCAGGAGGCGAAAACGCUUGACUAGAAGAAUAUUAGAUCGUGAAAUCGCAUCGGGGAACUUCGUAAACCAAGGGAUAAAUAGGAGAGUGAUGGCACAAGAAAUGUUACCAUCCUCCAAUGCAGAUACCAUAAUCAAUUACGAUGAUCCCGUAUAUUCAGGUCAAUUUUCGGAUGAUGGCAACUUCUUCUUCGCCGUGACCAAGGAUUUUAAAGUCCGCAUGUAUGAUACAUCAAAUCCUUACAACUGGCGAUAUUACAAGACUGUCGUCUAUCCUUAUGGACAGUGGACCCUUACUGAUGCUUCGCUGAGCCCUGACAACAAAUAUCUUGCCUAUACCUCCAUACGGAGCACGGUUUGUCUCGCUCCGACAGAUCCAAAUGACAUGGGAGAUCCUUAUAACCUGGAGCUCGGCGAACCUAGAACUGCACAAAACCCCAGGUUCGAACGACGGGGUUCAUUUGGUAUUUGGUCGAUACGGUUUUCUGGUGAUGGACGUGAGCUUGUUGCUGGAACUACAGGUGGCUCUAUUGUUGUAUACGACAUAGAAAGCCGCCGCCCGCUGCAUAGGAUUUUUGGACAUGAGGAAGAUGUCAAUGCGGUAUGUUUUGCCGAUAAAUCGUCGCCUCAUAUUCUUUAUUCUGGAUCAGAUGAUACAACCAUCAAGGUAUGGGAUACAAGGAGUAUGAGUGAUAGUCGAGAGGCGGGUGCAUUCAUUGGUCACAUCGAGGGAUUAACGUAUCUCGAUAGCAAAGGAGACGGUCCUCAAUUUUCAAACAUUAGGGCGAAUGGACGUCGACCUGGGUCAAACUUUGAUUAUCGAUGGGGAGCUUAUGACGAAGAUGAUUGGUACCACGAUGAGAAUGAUAAUUCUUUGGUCACAUUCAGAGGUCACAAAGUAAUGCGAACUUUGAUAAGAUGUCAUUUCUCUCCAUCGGGAAGUACCAAUUCAAGAUAUGUCUACUCGGGAAGUGAGGACGGUAAGGUCUACAUAUGGAACAUGGAUGCAACGCUCGCGGGCAAGGUCGACGUUUUCCAAGCAACAAAGAACACAAGGCCACCUCCUUCUGACCAAUGGCAUGGAGGAUGGCAUGGUGGAUGGCACAAUGAUCUGGACGAAGUAAAUAACCCAAGUUGGAAGACUGUGGUUAGAGAUGCUAGUUGGCACCCUACUGCUCCGAUGAUAGCUGCAUCCGCGUGGAACGGUUAUGGUGUAGAGCAGGGCACCGUCACAACCCAUUCUUGGAAUGAGGGUGCUGAAGAUGAUGAAGCGGAGCCUAAAAUGGGGUGGAGGGUGGAUGCGAAAUUACAACCUGAUCCCCACCUUCACGAGAGUCGUACGAGAGCGACCAGAAGAUUUGGACACCUCAGGGCACUUUCACCAGACUCCGAGGAUAGUGAAGAGGACGAUGACGACAAUGACGAAGACAUCUAG